CAAACGCUACAUUUUCAAACGGAGUUACCGUUCCUUGCUGGCAGCGCUCUUUUAGUGUUGUGUGUUCCGAAAAAUACUCGUCUUUUAUCAGGAGUUAGUUUAUUAGUUUUAAUCGUCGUGAACAUUGAACGAAAGAAAAAGACAAUGGCUGAACCGUUGAAACAGAAUUUCUUUGAGAACAGGCCACUGGGAAAGACCAAGAAAGAUCCCAAACGUGUGUCGGUGGAAAGGAUUUAUCAGAAGAAGACUCAGUUGGAGCACAUCUUGCUCCGACCUGACUCUUACAUUGGCUCUGUUGAACCUGUCACCCAGCAAAUGUGGGUGUACGAUGAAGAUGUUGGAUUGAACUGCCGGGAUGUGACAUUUGUGCCAGGGCUGUACAAGAUUUUUGAUGAGAUUCUUGUGAAUGCUUCUGACAACAAGCAGAGGGAUAAAAGCAUGUCCUGCAUCAAAAUCACAAUCGAUGUUGAAAACACCACCAUUAGUGUAUGGAAUAAUGGCAAAGGUAUCCCGGUGGUGCAGCACAAAGUGGAGAAAGUGUAUGUGCCUGCCCUCAUCUUUGGACAGCUCCUCACCUCCAGUAACUAUGAUGACGAUGAGAAAAAAGUCACUGGUGGACGUAAUGGAUAUGGUGCCAAGCUGUGCAACAUUUUCAGCAUACAGUUCACGGUUGAGACUGCCUGUCGAGAAUCAAAGAAGUGCUUCAAACAGACCUGGUAUGACAACAUGGGCAGGACAGGGGAUGCUACCAUCAAACCAUUUGACGGAGAUGAGUACACCUGCAUCACCUUUAAGCCAGAUCUGACAAAGUUUAAGAUGAGUGUCCUGGACAAAGACACAGUGGCCCUGAUGACCAGGAGGGCCUAUGACAUUGCUGGAUGCACCAAGGGUGUCCGUGUGUUCUUCAACAGCAAGAGACUGCCUGUCACAAAUUUCCGCGGCUAUGUGGGCUUGUAUCUGAAGGACAAAGUCACCGAGACAGACCAUGAGCUUGUGGUGGUUCACGAGGUUGUCAACGACCGCUGGGAAGUCUGUCUCACUGUGAGCGAGAAGGGAUUCCAGCAAGUCAGCUUUGUCAACAGCAUUGCCACAACCAAGGGUGGAAGGCACAUUGACUAUGUGGGUGAACAGGUGGUUAGCAAGCUAAUUGAUAUUGUGAAGAAGAAGAAUAAGGCUGGCGUAGCUGUUAAGCCCUUCCAGGUGAAAACCCACAUGUGGCUGUUUGUCAACUGUCUGAUUGAGAAUCCCACAUUUGACUCCCAGACCAAAGAGAACAUGACUCUGCAGCAGAAGAGCUUUGGCUCCACUUGCCCUCUCAGUGACAAGUUCAUUAAACAGAUCACCACAUGCGGAAUUGUGGAAAAUAUCAUGAACUGGGUGAAGUUCAAAGCUCAGUUGCAGCUCAACAAGAAGUGCUCGGCAGUCAAAUGCACCAAAAUCAAAGGGGUACCCAAGCUGGAUGAUGCCAACGAUGCAGGUGGCAAGAACUCCAUGGGCUGCACGCUGAUCCUUACAGAGGGAGACUCGGCCAAGACGCUUGCUGUGUCUGGGCUGGGUGUGGUUGGCAGGGACCGCUAUGGAGUCUUUCCUCUUCGAGGAAAAAUGCUCAACGUUCGGGAGGCCUCACAUAAGCAGAUCAUGGAGAAUGUUGAGAUCAACAACGUCAUCAAGAUCCUUGGUCUCCAGUACAAAAAGAACUACAGUGACCCAGAGUCCCUCAAGUCACUGCGCUAUGGCAAGAUCAUGAUCAUGACAGAUCAGGAUCAAGAUGGCUCUCACAUUAAAGGCUUGCUGAUCAACUUCAUCCACCACAACUGGCCCUCUUUGCUGCACCACAACUUCCUGGAAGAAUUCAUCACCCCCAUCAUCAAGGCAUCUUUAAAGAAAUCCCAGCUGUCAUUCUACAGUAUUCCUGAGUUCAACGAAUGGAAAGAGAGCCAGUCCAACUACAAAUCUUGGAGAGUCAAAUACUACAAAGGUUUGGGAACCAGCACCGCUCAGGAAGCCAAGGAGUAUUUCUCUGACAUGCAGAAACACCGUAUUCCAUUCAAGUACUCCGGGCCUGAAGACGAUGAAGCUAUCACCCUUGCCUUUAGCAAGAAAAAAAUAGAGGAGCGCAAAGAGUGGCUCACCAAUUUCAUGACCAACAGACGUCAGCGAAAGGAGCACAACCUGCCUGAGGACUAUUUAUAUGGUCAGUCCACCAAGCAUCUCUCCUACAACGACUUUGUCAACAAGGAGUUGGUGCUUUUCUCCAACUCUGACAAUGAGAGAUCCAUUCCCUGCAUGGUGGAUGGGCUAAAGCCAGGCCAGAGGAAGGUACUGUACAGUUGCUUCAAGAGAAAUGACAAACGGGAAGUGAAGGUGGCCCAGUUGGCUGGUUCUGUGGCAGAAAUGUCAGCAUAUCAUCAUGGAGAGAUCUCUUUGAUGAUGACCAUUGUUGGGUUGGCCCAGAACUUUGUGGGUAGCAACAACUUGAACCUGUUGCAGCCUCUUGGUCAGUUUGGAACAAGGCUGCAUGGUGGCAAGGACUCUGCCAGCCCACGUUACAUCUUCACCAUGCUCAGCACUUUGACCCGUCUUGUUUUCUCGGUGGCGGAUGACAACUUGCUUAAAUACAACUACGAUGACAACCAGCGUGUCGAACCAGAGUGGUACAUUCCCAUCAUCCCUAUUGUAUUAAUAAAUGGCACAGAGGGUAUCGGCACAGGCUGGGCGAGCAAAAUUCCCAACUUCAACGUCCGAGAGAUCGUCUCCAACAUUCUGCGGAUGCUCAAUGGAGAGGAGCCGCUUCCCAUGCUCCCUAAUUACAAAGGCUACAAAGGCACAAUUAAUCAGCUAACAGAGAACCAGUAUAUUAUCAACGGAGAGGUGGCCAUCAUUGAUUCCACCACCAUUGAGAUCUCUGAAUUGCCUGUAAAAACUUGGACGCAGUCUUACAAGGAGAACGUUCUGGAGCCAAUGCUGAAUGGCACAGAUAAGGUCCCUGCGCUGAUCACAGACUAUAAGGAGUACCACACAGACACCACUGUGCGAUUUGUAGUCAAGAUGACGGAGGAGAAGCUACGGGAGGUGGAGGCCGCUGGCCUCCAUAAAGUCUUCAAGCUGCAGAAUCCUCUCACCUGCAAUUCCAUGGUUCUCUUUGACCACGUGGGCAGCCUGAAAAAGUAUGAAUCGGUGCAGCAAAUUCUCAAAGACUUCUUUGAGUUGAGGAUGAAAUACUACGAUCUGAGAAAAGACUGGCUGGUGGGCAUGAUGGGGGCGGAGUCCGCCAAGCUCACCAACCAGGCUCGCUUUAUCCUGGAGAAGAUCCAGGGCAUCUUAGUGAUAGAGAACAAAGCAAAGAAGGAACUGAUUCGCAUGCUGCAGGAGAUGGGCUAUGACUCCGACCCAGUCAAAGCCUGGAAACAGUCUCAAGAGAAGAAUGAGGUGGAAGAAGAGGAGCAGGAGGAAGCUGGAGAGGGUGACACUAGUGGCCCGGACUACAACUAUCUGCUGAGCAUGCCCAUGUGGUUCUUGACCAAGGAGAAGAAGGAAGAGCUGUGUAAGCAGAGAGAUGCCAAGGUUACAGAGCUGAAUACUCUAAAAAAGAAGACUCCAUCUGACUUGUGGAAGGAAGACCUUACAGUUUUCUCUGAAGAACUGGCGCGCAUUGAGGCCAAAGAGAAGGAAGAAGACCAGUUGCCUGCCAUGAAGACCUCUGUGAAAGGGAAGAAGGUUAAGGUAAAACAGGAGACUAUGCCCACGCCUCAGGGUCGCCGUGUCAUCCCAUGCAUCACCAGUGCCAUGAAAGCAGAUGCUUAUAAGAAGGCUGACCUUUUGAAAGGAGAUCGCAAGAAGGGCAGAAAAGUCAAGACUGAAGAUUUGGUCAUGAAGAUGGAGUUUGGAGAAGAUGGGGAGGGCGCACAGCCAGUGGAGGAAGUUUGCUUGGCGUCCCGAUUGAGCAAAAAAAGCAAAACAUCCCAAAGAGCAUCAAAUAUGGGCAAACAGACCACCCUUCAGUUUAAGCCAGCAGCCAAAACCAAGAAGAGUCUGGAGUCCGAAGAGGAGUGCAGCAGUCUGUCUCACAGCGACCUGGAGUCAGUCGAGGUCGCUGCCCCCAGAGAAAAGACCCAACGCAAAACUAAAGCGGCCAUCAAGUACAUCGUGUCAGAUGAUAGUGAGGAUGAGUUUGAUGACAGGGCCAAGAACCACGCUCUAAAAGGGGAAGCAGUCGUCAGCGAAGACGACUCCAUCUUUUCCCCAGACAGCAGCAUCAUGUCGGGUGGUAACAUGGACUCUCCAGCCCCAGAGCGAGUGAAAAAACCGACGAAGGCAAAAUCAACCGCUAAGAAACAACUUGGAAGCAAAUCGAGCUCUCAGUCAGAAGAGCAGGAGGCUGCACCGAAGGCUCCAGUUCAACGUAAGGGCAAACCGGCUGCACCCAAGAAAGCUGCUGCCCCUAAGAAAGCAACCACCUCCAAGAAAACUGAAGCUGUGAAGCAGCCGUCCAUCCUGGAUGCUCUGACCAAAUCCAAAGCAUUGUCCAGCACCGUGUCCAAGAUAAUCCCUUCGUUUAACUCCAGUGACUCAGAGGCCGAAGUCAAACCUCCAAAGCCAAAGCCCGCCCCUAAACGGAAACAGGUCGUAAGUGACGACUCUGACAGUGACUCGGACAACCUCAUGUCACGCCUCAAGGCUAAAUUAACUACAGGGGCAAAGAAGACAAAGUUGAAUGAGGAUGAAAGCUUCCACAUUUCGGACCAGGAAUUGACAGCUCCAAAAUCUGUGGCCACACUUAAAAAGCCCAGCAGAGCCAAGAAGCCUGUGACCUACUUCGACUCUGACUCUGAAUAGACCACUGUGCCAAUUGUUGACUUUUUUAAAAGUUGUGUAUGUAAAUAUAUAUAUUUCAGCUGUAAUUCUUAGUGUUAACAUUUGAAGUACUGUUAAGAUUUAACCACAUGUUUUGUUCUGUUCCAAUCUUUUUCUUGUUUUACCCAAAAUAUAUCUUGUAAAUAUGUCAGUGUUUUUUGUACUAAAAUAAAGUUCUUGUGAUUUCAUA